GCGACGACGAUCUCGCGAUGGCGCUGGAAACGAACGUCGAUGAGCGGCGAACGCUGAUCGAUCGCGAUCCGUCGCGUCCACGCCAGCGCGUGAGCGGCGACGCGGCGACGGAAUACUUUGAGGAAGGAUCACGCGAUGCUUCCGCGCGACGACGAUCUCGCGCCAUCGCCGCGUUCGCGCUCGCCGGCGCGCUCUUUGCCGCCGCGAGCUUGACGACGAGUGUCGUGGCGCGUCGCGGCGCGCUCGGUCGCGCACGGAAGCCGGUGUGGACGCCAAACCUGCCGCUGGAGCAAGUCAACACCCCAGCGCUGGCGUUCGCGGAGAUGGAUCAAGUGCGACUCGAGGGCGCGGCCCUGGAAGCGGCGAAGGCAGACUCGUACGAGAACUCGUUUCCUUCGUUUUCUUCCGAUCGCUAUUUCGCGGUCGGUGGCAACCGCACGCGUCGGAAGCUCGAGACGCCGAUAUACGUCAUCGCCGUCGAAGACUUGAAGUACGACGUGAAGCGCGCGGAGGGCGUGAAGCGCCAGUUCGUGAAAACGUUUGGUGAGAACGCAGGCAGCCAUGAGCACGAGGCGCGUGAUCAAGCAGAUAAGCUGGUGCAGAUUCAGUACGGUACGAACGCUAACGCGUGGCCGAAAACGUUUGAUCUCACGGAAGAGGCGUUGGAGGAACUCAAAGAGCUUCGCCCGAACGCGAACUUAGACAAGUGGUUCGGCGGGUUGUCUGCGGCCAAGUCCAACAAAGACGGUGUCGGCGUCUUGCCAAAGUUUUUAUACGGGGUUUCGCAUCACAUCAGUUGUUUGUUUUCGCACAUGCGCAUGUGGCGUUUGCAUUCAAAGUUCAAGAACAAGUGGACGGUGAUUUUUGAAAGCGACGCGCUUUGGGGUGGCAUACGCAUGAAGCCGUACGCGUUGCAAAGCGUGAUCGAUAACGCUCCGGCGAACGCGGACGUGAUUUUGCUCAAAGCUCGAGACGAACCGACUGGGCAGUUUGUGAAGCAAUGGCCCGUGGAGGAUGAAAUGGUGUACAUGUACUCCGCAAACCACAUCAAAGCUGGGUGCGGUUUGGCCGGGUACGUCAUCGGUCCAAAAUUUACCGAGAAAAUCAACAAUGAAAUCAUCCUACAAAACGGUGCCAACAUGGUCGACGCGUGGUUGCUUUUGCACAUUUGCGGUGACCGCGACACUUCAGUGAGUCCAAUCGGUGGAAGGAAGAAUAGAGUCAACUGCUAUAUGGCGCAGGGCGGUCCGCCGAAGGCGCCGCACAUCGUCGGCGGCUACCUUCCCGAGUGGUACGGCAAAGACAAGACGGCGCGCACCACCGACGAUUGGGCCAAGUGGCUCAAGGCUGAGAAAAAUCUCGGAGAGUAUGAAGCAGGACGUAUGGCUCGCGUCGAGGCGUGGCGCAAUGGCGCCGAGUUGCACAAAUUCGGCGCUCGCAACGACGAAAUUUAUCACCAAGCGCUCCGCAUCGCCGCCAGGCGGGACAGAGCGCGCGCCGCCGCCGCCGCCGACGCCGACGACGACGCCGACGACGCCGACGACGCCGAUCCCACCCGCUGAUCGCGCGCGCGCUCGCGCCGUACAUUACCCGUGUUGUAAUCGAACCGCCGCCUCGCGACU